GACAUUUAUUUCGUAGACCAAAUCACAGUCCUAGUUUGAAACUUUGGACAAACAAGGUUUAUCCUCUCUUUCUCUCACUAUAAAUACGAAACCUCUUGCACCAUUUUAUUCACAACCAAAAUUAAUUAGGAUUAUGGCAACAAAAAAUCUCUCCGUUACCGCAUUCCUACUCUUUCUUACAGCUAUCGUUUCUGCUGUGAGUGCCCAGCAAUGUGGGCGUCAAGCUGGUGGUCGGACUUGUCAAGGCAACUUAUGCUGUAGUCAGUACGGUUACUGUGGUGAUACUAAUGAGUACUGUUUACCAUCCAAUAACUGCCAGAGUAAUUGCAGAGGUCCCAGUGUCCCCGGCACCGGUGAGAGUGCAAGUAAUGUUCGUGCAACAUACCAUAUCUAUAGUCCUGCCCAAAACGGAUGGGAUUUGUAUAGAGUUAGCGCGUAUUGUUCCACUUGGGAUGGCAACAAGCCACUUGCUUGGAGACAAAAGUACGGCUGGACGGCCUUCUGUGGCCCUGUCGGACCUCGUGGUCAAGCCUCAUGUGGCAGGUGUUUGAGGGUAACAAACAGGGGUACAGGUGCUCAAACAACUGUGAGGAUCGUCGAUCAGUGCAGCAAUGGAGGUUUGGAUUUGGAAGAGGGUGUUUUCAGGCAAAUUGAUACCAAUGGAAGAGGUAUCAAUGAUGGCCACAUGUUUGUAGACUAUCAAUUUGUCAACUGCGGUGACUGAUUUCACUCCCCAUGCUGCCAUAACUAGCCAUGCAGGUCUCUUUACUUUAUGGCUCACUAAAGAUUUCUGUACCUUGUUUGAAUUAUGAAGUUGAAUAAAUUUGCAACGAUAUUGCAGAUAUGAAGUUGUAAACAGUGAACACCAAAACAAAAACUAAAUAAAUUGAAGGAUCUUUAUCAUGUAA